AUGCUGAUUGCUUCAAUAGGAAAGGAUAAGAAAAGAAUCAAAAUCGACAACAUUAAACAGAAUGGAGAAAAAAACAAAAUGGGUGCAUUGCUAAGUAUGGUAAAAAGUAAAGAAUAUCACUUGGGAGCUAUGAAUGGCGAUAUGCAACUCACAAACAAAUUUGAAGUUGUCACAGAUGUUACAGGUUGGGGUGAUAGAGAUGACUCUUUCAGAAAACUCCAAAAUGGAGGAAUUUUUUGGGUCAGAGCACCACAAGAUAAAGGAGAUAAACUUGUGAUAUCUGAAUUUAAUGGAAUUGAUGAUGGGGAUAAUGUUGAUUUUAAUUAUAUGGAAACCAUUGCAUUGGUAAUUGGAUUACUGAUAUUGUUGUUGUAA